AUGUUAAAUGCAAAAACAUUCAUCUCUCAUAACACAGAUACGAAAUUAAUUGUGAAUAGGGAUAUGGCCGCUGUUGCUACUAUUUCCAGAGUUCCAUCUUCGUUUGUUUAUGAAAAUUUGGUUGAUCAAGUUCAAGCAAUUCAGAAUCAUAUAGCGAACUUCGAAAAUGUACUGAACAAUAAACUGGAAAAUGAAGAGAAAAAACAAACUCAAUUGAAAUGUCGUUCCAUUACGUUUAUUGAUCCUUAUGGGAACCAAAUGGCCGUCGAACAUAUGGAUCAUGAAUCGAUCAGUACUAUAGUAAAGAAAUACAAGAAAAAUUACAUACCAAAAUUUUUGCAACAGUGGAUUCAAGUUGGUACCAUGGAUCAAGAUAAUAUCGUACCAUUAACUGAUUGUCAACUACGAUCAACUGUAGGCGAACAAGAAAAUAGUUACCGAUUUGUUACAUAUGGUGAACUAACUGUAUGGUAUGGAAGUUAUCAGAAUUCCACUUCUGAAAAGCGUGUACUAAACCUUCGAUUAAUCGAUAGUCUGGAGAAAAUCCAAAUGAUAAUUACUCAACAAUGUCCUUUUACCAAUCUUGAAGUAAAAUCACAUAUAGUAAAUCAAGGCGCAACACCAAACAAAAAAGAUUGGAAUGAAGGUAAACCACUCAGAUGGGAAGAUACCAUUAUGUCAGGUCAAUUAUAUGAAAAUAAUUGUGUUGUAAUGAUAAAAGACAAGACUGAAGCUAUAGAUUCGACUUGGAGUUUUCCAAUAUAUAUUAGAGCUCUAAAUGGAAAAGUUUUCAGAUUAUUUGUGAAUUCUUCGAAGACUAUCGAAAAUGUGAAGAAAUUAAUACAAGAUCAGGACGGUUGCCCUCAAGAUCAACAACGUCUUAUAUUUUCUGGUCAACACUUAGAAGACGCAAGAACGAUUGCCGACUACAACAUAAAAAAGGGAUCUACGAUGCAAAUGGUACUACGCUUACGAGGUGGAAUGUAUCAUUUUACCAGCGGUCGACAAGGCUUUGACAAUUUGCCGUAUGGUGGCGCCGAUGCAGUGAAGAGUGUGCUUGCGUUCAAGCUUAAAGAUAUGGAUGAUGCCCGUCGUUCGUCAUCAGCUGAAUUACAAAAAUCUAUUUUACAAGCACAAGCUGUUCUGUCCACUCUGCAUCGUACAAUGAAAGAUUUUUAUCCACCAGAUUUGAGGAAAAUCAUGCUGCUGACUAAGGAUAAUGAUGAUGAUGAUGAUGAUGAUGACGAUGACAGCGAUGAUGAUGACGAUACUUCAAAUGAACAAUGA